GCGGCGGCGGGCGGGCGGUGCCGGGCGGUGCCGGGCCGAGCUCCGGCGGGCGGGGGCGCGGGAUGGAGGUGAUCAGGAGCAAUUUUAAGGAUAACCUAAACAAAGUGUAUGAAGCCAUUGAAGAGUCGGACUUUCUGGCCAUCGAUGGGGAGUUUUCAGGGAUCAGUGAUGGGCCUUCAGUUAGUGCAUUAACAAAUGGCUUUGACACUCCAGAAGAAAGGUAUCAGAAACUUAAAAAGCAUUCCAUGGAUUUUUUGCUCUUUCAAUUUGGCCUUUGCACUUUUAAAUAUGAUGACGCAGAGGAAAAGUAURUAAUGAAGUCAUUUAACUUCUAUAUUUUUCCAAAACCAUUUAACAGAAAUUCACCAGAUGUCAAAUUUGUCUGUCAGAGUUCAAGUAUAGAUUUUUUAGCAAACCAAGGAUUUGAUUUUAAUAAAGUUUUUCGCAAUGGAAUUCCAUAUUUAAAUCAGGAAGAAGAGAGGCAGCUAAGGGAACAGUAUGAUGAAAAACGUUCUCAAGCCAAUGGUGCAGGAUCUCUGUCAUACCUUUCUCCUAGUUCCGCAAAGUGCCCUGUAACAAUUCCUGAAGAUCAGAAAAAAUUUAUUGAGAAAGUAGUGGAACAGAUAGAAGACUUAUUAAAGAACGAAGAAAGUGAAAGUUUGGAAUUGGAGCCAUGUACAGGAUUUCAAAGGAAAUUAAUUUAUCAGACCUUGAGCUGGAAGUAUCCAAAAGGUAUCCAUGUAGAAACUCUGGAGUCAGAUAAGAAGGAGAGAUAUAUUGUUAUUAGUAAGGUAGAUGAAGAGGAACGAAAACGAAGAGAACAGCAGAAACAAGCAAAAGAACAGGAAGAAUUGAAUGAUGCAGUAGGAUUUUCCAGAGUUGUUCAUGCCAUUGCUAAUUCUGGCAAGCUUGUUAUUGGGCACAACAUGCUGCUGGAUGUUAUGCAYACCAUACAUCAGUUCUAUUGUCCCCURCCUGAUGACCUAAGUGAGUUCAAGGAAGUAACAUCAUGUGUCUUUCCCCGGUUACUGGAUACUAAACUGAUGGCAAGUACCCAGCCUUUUAAGGAGAUCAUUAAUAAUACAUCACUGGCAGAACUGGAAAAGCGUUUAAAAGAGGUCCCAUUCAGCCCUCCUAAAGUUGAAAGUGCAGAAGGAUUUCCAAGUUAUGAUACAGCAUCUGAACAGCUCCAUGAAGCAGGAUAUGAUGCUUACAUUACUGGACUGUGCUUCAUUUCCAUGGCCAAUUUCCUAGGUUCAUUCCUCAGUCCUCCGAAAAACCAUGUGUCUGCUAGAUCAAAACUCGUCGAACCUUUUUUUAACAAGUUGUUUCUUAUGAGAGUAAUGGACAUACCAUAUCUCAAUUUGGAAGGACCAGACUUGCAGCCAAAACGAGAUCAUGUUCUUCAUGUUUCUUUCCCCAAAGAGUGGAAGACUAGUGACCUAUACCAGCUUUUCAGUGCCUUUGGUAAYAUUCAGGUUUCGUGGAUUGAUGACACAUCAGCGUUUGUAUCGUUGAGCCAGCCAGAGCAAGUACAAAUUGCUGUAAACACCAGCCGGUAUGCUGAAAGUUAUAGGAUCCAGACAUAUGCAGAAUAUGUGGAGAAAAAACAUGAAGAAAAACAGGCCAAGAGAAAAUGUACAGAAGAUAGUUGGAAGGAGAUGGAGAGGAAGAGGUUAAAAACCCAGUGCACACCUUACRUUUCCCAGAGUCGAUACUACUGUGUAAACAGUUUUACAGGCACCAGUACAGUGGGAAAGAGGAGCAUGAGUCCUAUUGAGGAAGAAACUGGUUCUGAUGAUAUGGAGGAGGGAGAAGGGCAAGAUCCAGAAAACGAUCAGACAGACUCCUGUGUAGAGUCCCUUUCAGAUGGUAAGAAGAGAGCCAAAAAGUUGAAAAAGAUGAAGACAGAACAAGCUCCAGCAGGAAGCCUCACAACUGGUUCCACUGGAAUUUUUGAGGUCCCUGAAACAUGGUAGGAAACAACUGCCUUAAGAAGUGGAAUUGAUUGAAAGCAGUUGAGAGAAUACACCUCUUGGAAGCCAUACUUUAUUUAAAUAAAGUGGUGUUAACAAAGCAGUAUGUGUCCUGAAAAUCAGUUUAAUUAUUUUAAACUGUUUCUWGAACAAUCACUGUCAAUUUUACUCGUGUGUAUAUCACCUAGUAUAUGACUCGUCGUUGAUCCUGUGAAAUCCUUGCUGUUGUAACUGCUGUUAGGUUUAAGAAGCAAGACUCAAUGUCCUUUGGUCACCUCCUUUGGCAUGCUGCCUAUGAACUGUGCAACAAGAACUGGCACUCUGUGACUUUAUGCUAGACUGUUUCCUCUGCUUGGUGAGUUACCACAGCUCUCCAUAUUUAGCUGUUUUUUCAGGCAGCAACAGCGUGCUGUCAGCGUUCUGGAAACAGGUAGAACUGCAGUUUCACAUACUGCUUUCUACCAGUUACUUUAUCUGGGAACAUUUUUUUGAGUUUGUUCUCUAUCCCCCACCCUCUGUGCAGGUGGUAUUCAUUUAAAUACCAGCUUUACACAUAACUUACCCUUUMAAAAAACUGUAACUUAGAAGUUUCUCAAACAUUAAUUUCCUGGUGGGAGGUAGUUUUUCUUUGUAUUCACAUCUGUUGUUGUUUCCACUUUUAAGUCCUGAUUUUGUAAAAAAUGUUUUUUGGUACCUGUGAUAAACCUGCUAACUGCACCAGCCCUUUAUUUGUUUAAAAAAGGAUCUGCAUUGGUAGAUUUSAGAAAAUGUUUGAUAUUUAAAUUUUUGUAUCAUGGAAAUAAAACCAAAAUAUGUAUUUCCAUAACMU